CUUGUUUUUUUUUUUACAAAUAAGGUACGAAGAAAGGACUAUAUCAUUUCCCUUAUGUCAAAUUCUCCUAGUGACUAGACGGUUUCCCUUAUACAGUAUGAAUUACUGAAUUAUACAGUACACACUGUAGCCCAUACAAUGACCGUUUUAUCGCUUUCAUGUCCAGUUCAUGUUUUUAUUUUAAGAUUUUCAGUAGAACACACUAACACAAGAGAAGGUGUUACAGUACCAAGCAAAGCUUUCAUGUUACUGUACCAAUUUUUGUACUAAAAAUCUUAAUGUCGUUUGUCAAAAUAGGCCUAUGGCACAGGCAGAAUAGGUAUGAUUAUUGUUUUACUAUGCAGGAUGGAAAAUACAGAUGGCAAAUAUGAUGAUACCAGCCGUAGUUUGAUGGAUUUGAAUAAACUUUACCUUUAUGCUUUCAGAUAUAAGUUGUGAUAUUUUUUAAAAGGAUAGUUCAAUCCAAAAAAAUAAUCUGUCAUCAUUUAAUCACCAUUAUUACCAAACCUGUUUGACUUUCUCGUUUCUGUUUUUCAAUAAGUAAAGUUAUACAGGUAGCCUAAAUUAUAACAAAUAACUUUUUUGGGGGUAUAUUUUUAUUAGUGGUAGUUGUAGGCUAUUUAUUAUUCAAUUUCUGGGCAGUUUUAUAAAUAAAUAAAGAGAAAAGUUCUGCGUCAGUCAGAGAAACUACCGUGACAGUUUCAUCUGUCUUUUAUUGAAUUUAAACAAGUGUCGUCAUGUCAGUUCCCAAUAACCUUCUUACAGUUCGGAGAUGCUCCGCCCACAAUUGGACAGAAAUCCCGCCCACCCAUUCUCUUUCAUCUUGCUCUGAAAUCACCUCAACCAACCACUCAAACAGGUAAAGGUGGGCUGAGUGUACUGCCUGGAGCCACACAGGUGAACCGUUGUUUCCGGGAGCACAGCUGCCAUGGCUGAGUCUCAGCUAGUAUGCAUGGACGACGAUCAUGUUAACGUGAAGAUACCGGAGUCCAAACCAGAGUUUUAUUACAGCGAGGAGCAGCGGGCCGCGCUCGAGCAGCUCUUGAAGAAUGGGGAUGGUGCGUUUAAGAUGCGUCUCAAAGAGGAUAACGUUAAAGACUUUCUCUCCGCCAGGGAAAUCAAAUGGAUGCGGGACACGUUCCAGGAAUAUGACAGUGACUCGGACACCUGCUGCUCACGGUCGCCCCAUGAUACCAGUGAAGACUCAGGUGUUCACUCUACCUACUGGCCGACCAUGUCUGAUAUGGAGAUCCCUCCGCUGGACAUCGGUUGGCCUAGCAACGGCCAUUACAAAGGGGUAACUCGGGUGUCGGUUUACACCCACCCACCCAAAACUAACAGUCCGCACAUUAAAGAGGUGGUCCGCAGACUCAUUCAAGAAUCUACAAAGUUAGUUGCAGUGGUCAUGGACCUGUUGACAGACCUGCAGAUCCUGCAGGAUCUCUUAGAUGCUGCGAGCAAGAGAGGGGUGGCUGUGUACUUGCUGCUGGAGGAGAACGGCUUGCCGCACUUCCUGGACAUGAGCAGCAGGCUGCAGAUUUCUACGCAGCAUCUAAGGAACCUGCGGGUGCGCACUGUGCGGGGCUCUGGCAUGCCGCUGGCCUUUGGUCGUCUGCCAGGAUCACAGUGCUCAAAAUAUAUGUUGGUAGAUGGAGAGAAAGUAAUGUUUGGAUCCUAUAGCUUUACAUGGAGUUCCUCUAGGAUGAACCGGAACACAAUCACUGUGAUGUCAGGACAAGUUGUUGACUUCUUCGACAAUGACUUCAGAGAGCUGUAUGCAGUGUCUGAUAAAGUGGACCUGUACCGUGAGUUUCACAUCAGCAAGCCGGCCCUGCCAGUUCCUGUGCUGAAAACUCCAGCAGAACCCAGCAAACUCACAGUUCCCGUAUCCACGUCACGCUUCCAGAUCUCUGUAGAGGACAACAAACAGGCGAACCUAAAGGUGCCUGCACAUAAAUACCACAACCCUAAGUACUCUUUAGUUGUUGGCAACAGUCUAGGUGUAACAGGCUCUCUGCAGGAUCUUUCUAAGCUAAGGGACUAUGUUGACCAGGCCUCUGUGAGUAACAUGGAAAAAUUAAUCUACCCCAAUGGGGACAGUGUAUGUUCACAGUCCCCUACAUCCCCGGAUGGGACAGAGGAUGGUAAGGGCGAUGGGAAGAAGCCCUCUCUGUUUGGUUCUAAAAAGCAGCGCUCUUCCUUCCGGCAUUUUUUGAAAGGCAGAGCAAACAACCAGAGUCCAGAUACUCUCUCUAAAACAACCCAUCAAAACACAGAUACAAAACAGAUCAAUCAUAAAGACACCAAGCUUUCCAACAGUUCCAAGGAAGCAUCUUGGUUGGCCAAUCAUAUAAAGGAGCAAGAUGAUACAUCCAAAAACAUUUCUCCCGUUACUCGCAAGAUCUCAGAGACUGAAAGCACUGAUGAAAUUGAGGACACCUUUGAGAUCAUAAAUCCACCACAAGUGAAGUUUAAGCUCAAAAAGAGCAAAAUGGGUCCAAGGAGUGUUUCUCUUCAGACUAUUGCCACAGAUGGCGAGGAUGGCCUGAGGGGGCGGAGGCGUAGCCAGAAGAAGGCCUGUAUUCAGUCCUGAGAUAUCCCUGUGAGAGAAAUCAACAAGAACGUGUGCUUACAGAUCAGGACCUUGAUUAUUGCUGUAUAUGCUGUAAAAAAGAGGACAGCUUCUUCAUUAUGAUGAUUUUGGACAAGAUGUGGAUAGUGAUUCUCCCUGCAAUAAUAUUGAUUCAGAUGUUAGCUUAAACUUUAAGUAUUGGUGCUGUAUUUUUAGAGGGUUGAGAAGUUGUUUGAACAGCUUCCAAAAUGCUGCUGACACUACAGAAAAAAUGACUGAAAUAUAUUGCGCAGCCUGGGAUCAUGUGAUCUCCUGCCGGUUACAGAGCUCAUAGUUGGACUGCAGAGAGCUUUGAAUUUAAGUGUCUAAAAAUGUAGAAUGUUACAAUUUUCCUGUUUGGCAGAUCUCUGCCCUACAUAUUAUCCCUGUCCCAAUACGUUCUACUUGCCCGAUCCUUGAGCCUGUGGCUCCCUCAGAGUCAUAGAGGAAGGAGGGAAAAGGUCCGUAGCAAAGCUGACAGAUGCCCAAUGAAAACAUGCCUGAUCAGCUACCAUUAAAGGUGUGGUGACAUUUACUGUUGCUCAGAGAACUUUCGCAGGCAAAAUCCAGUCAUUUAAAUAGGAAUCUGUAUGUUUGGGAGUUUUGCAUGAGGGAGAAAAACUAAUGUGACCGCGUUCUGUGUGAAAGUAUGCCGCUUGGACAGAAUAGAUGGGACACAACUGAUUUUUCCAUCAUGAGUGCCAAUAAAUGCGGCCUUAACUAAAUUGAUUCUUUGUAUUUCUUUUUCAUUUAACUUCAAAAGAUGUAAUCUCGCACUGUGGAAAACUCCCUGGAAGAAAACACAAUAAGCCUAAUUUUCCAAAUGUGAGUUUAAUCAGAUUUAAUUUAAAAGAGAGGCUAAUAGCUACUUUUGCACAAAUUAUGAGUUUUAUUAUUGUUUAUGUGAAUAGUCUAACCACAUUACAGGUCUAUAAAUUUA